AUGGAGAAGAUCAAAGAGUUCAGCAUCGUCAGGUUCUUCAACAAGUUUGCUGUUGACAGCGAACCCGGCCUCACGAAUGCCCAAUUGAUGUUUGCAAAUGAAGAUCUGAAGCCCGUCGAGCCUGAGCGAAGAUUAUGGAAAAGUCGAAACUUCGUGGCUUUCUGGAUAUCUGAUUCCUUCAACAUCAAUACGUGGAUGAUAUCGAGCUCCAACAUUCUCGACGGCUUAUCCUGGUGGCAAUCCUGGAUUUGCGUCUGGGUCGGGUAUUCCAUCGCUGCAUGUUUUGUCUGCCUCACCGGUCGAAUCGCUGCAAAGUACCACAUCUCGUUUCCCGUGGUGUGUCGAAGCAGCUUUGGUAUUUGGGGUAGUCUGUGGCCGGUACUCAAUCGAGCGGCAAUGGCAUGCGUCUGGUAUGGGGUUCAGGGAUGGAUUGGCGGUACUUGCGUAUACCUGAUGAUCAGAUCCAUCUGGCCGUCAUGGGAUUCGUAUGGCCCUGGAGGAAGGAACAACACCAUGCCAGCUUCAUCAGGAACGAAUACGCGCGACUUUGUCUCCUUCUUCCUGUUCUGGCUCGGAUCGCUGCCAUUUCUCUGGCCUCCAGUCCAAAAGAUCCGCCAUCUUUUCACAGUCAAAUCAUUCAUCGUUCCAACCGCUGGCCUUGCAUUCUUCAUCUGGGCUAUCGUCCGAGCCAACGGCAUCGGCCCUAUUGUUCACCAGGGUGCCACUGUUGGGGGGAGUACGCUGGCAUGGGCCAUCGUCAAAGGCAUCAUGAGCGCCAUUGCCAACUUUGCCGCCCUUAUUGUGAACGAUCCCGACUUCGCUCGAUUCGCGAGAAAACCCCGCGACGCCUUGUGGUCACAGCUGAUUACCAUUCCUGUUGGCUUUGCGGUUACGAGCUUCAUCGGCAUCAUCGUCUCGUCCUCAUCGACGGUCAUCUUCAAGGGGGAUCCAAUCUGGUCGCCGCUCACACUACUUCAGAUGUUCCUCCACGAAGAGAACGUCAGCGGUGCCACACGCUUCGGGGUCUUUGUCAUAGCUGCAGCGUUCACCCUGGCACAACUUGGCACCAACAUUGCGGCGAACUCGAUUUCAGCAGGCACCGAUAUGACUGCUCUAUUUCCCCGAUUCAUCAACAUCCGCAGAGGAUCAUACAUAUGUGCGAUUGUCGGCAUCGCGAUGUGUCCGUGGCACUUGCUGGCCGACAACAACAGCUUCACGACCUAUCUCUCGGCGUAUUCGGUGUUUCUAUCCUCCAUUGCAGGAGUCAUGUGCUCCGAUUAUUACCUGGUCAGGAAAGGCUACCUCCAAACGCGCGAUCUCUACAGCGCGCUCAAGAGCGGGCCGUAUUACUACCACUGGGGCAUCAGCUGGAGAGCAUAUGCCUCCUACAUUGCUGGUAUUUGCAUCAACGUGGUCGGUUUCGCUGGUGCGGUUGGCGCCACCGUCCCCGUUGGAGCGACGUACGUUUACAACUUGAACUUCUUCGGCGGCUUCAUCGUGUCUACCGCCGUCUAUUACCUUCUUUGUCGACUCUGGCCUAUUCCAGCUUGCAGCGAUACUUGGUUGGAAGUCGACGACGAUUCGGACGAUAGGAGUGGCAGCUUGGUGUACGGCCUCGAGGGUUCAGAUGCCGAAGUCGUGGAGGAGUAUGAUGGUGGGAAGGCGGAUUUGCCAAAGGCUGCGGUAUAG